AUGCACACUAGACUAGAACAUUUUCCCAACGAAUUACUAUUUGAUGUUUUCGGAUAUUUUGAUGCUCGAGAUUUAUUUCAUGGUUUUUGGGGACUCAAUAAACGAUUCAAUCAACUUCUACAAUCACUUCGAAAUCUUUCUCUUACAAUAGAAAAAGAUGAAUCAAAGCUGAUUUCAUUAUUUGCGUGUCAUAUCAACAGAUUAGUAAUCGAUACCUGUCUCAAUAUAGAUUUCACUCAAUUUCCUUAUUUGCAUUCACUAGUGUUAUAUCAACUGACAGAAAAUCAAUUGAAACAGAUUCAAGUAAAACUUAUACCUCACCUUGUUUAUCUUUCAAUACCAUCAGAUAAUACAUCUUAUGAUAUACCUCGAUUAAUUCAAAAAAUAUUUUCUCCAGAACUAUUUUCACUUAGACAUGUUAAUCUAGGAUAUCUUUAUGUAUCACAGUUUCAAUGGUCUCAAUCACAUUCUCUUCAUUCAAUAUCUGUUUGUUGCACUUCAUCAGUUAUGGUUCUACAUAUUCUUGCAUCAUCUCCCAAUCUUUCUACUCUUCAUGCUCAUUUCGAAAAAAAUAACUUCAAUAUUUUUCAUGAGAUACCAUCAAUUACAAAUCAUCCUCUCAAAUAUUUUACGCUCUCAGAUCCUUAUAGUGUGUUAUGUUUUAAACAUAUCGAUACUUUUCUUUUAUAUAUGCCAUAUGUUCAACGAAUUAAAUUGAAUUUCAAUUGUGAUGUUCCAUUUAUUCGUUUCGCUCAAACUGUUUCAAAUCGAUUGUUGUAUUUACGUCGAUUUGAUUGUCAUAUUGAUAAUGCACCAGAUGAUGAAAUAACGAGUGAUGAAACAAUACGGCAAAUUCAUCCAUGUUUUAAUUGUAUUCAAUGUACCAUAGAUGAUUAUGGAUAUCGAACAUAUACAACAGAUUAA